AUGCAGGUGAAAAACCAGAUCUGCACCGAGCGCAGCAGCACCGACGACCCGGAGCAGGAUGACAGCCAGAAGAAGACCUCGUGCUUCUCCAACAUCAAGAUCUUCCUGGUGUCGGAGUGCGCGCUCAUGCUGGCUCAGGGCACGGUGGGAGCCUAUCUGGUAAGUGUUCUAACCACUCUGGAGAGACGCUUCAACCUGCAGAGUGCCGAUGUGGGCGUCAUCGCCAGCAGCUUUGAGAUCGGUAACCUGGCCCUCAUCCUGUUUGUCAGCUACUUUGGCGCCAAGGCCCACAGGCCCCGCCUCAUUGGCUGCGGUGGUAUCGUCAUGGCUCUUGGGGCGUUGCUGUCCGCCCUGCCGGAGUUCCUGACCCAUCAGUAUGAGUAUGAGGCCGGAGACUCCUGGCACGCCGAGGACGGCAGGGACAUCUGCUCCAACAACUCCAGGUCAGAAAACCGAGACUCUGGGUUUAAAUGUGGCAACCGAGCCAACACCAACAUGAUGUACCUUCUGCUGAUCGGAGCCCAGGUUCUGCUGGGCAUCGGAGCCACACCUGUCCAGCCUCUGGGAGUGUCCUACAUCGACGACCAUGUCCACAGGAAAGACUCCUCACUGUAUAUAGGUAUUUUAUUUUCAACUUUAGUUUUCGGCCCGGCUUGUGGCUUCAUCUUAGGUUCCGUCUGUACCAAAGUCUAUGUUGAUGCUGUCUUCAUUGACACCAGUAAGCUGGACAUCACCCCAGAUGACCCUCGCUGGAUCGGAGCGUGGUGGGGUGGCUUCCUCCUCUGUGGUGCCUUACUAUUCCUGUCGGCCCUCUUCAUGUUCGGCUUCCCCCAGUCACUGGACCAGCAGGACAUGGACGGUGGAGGGGAAAGUGAGCAGGCCAUGCUGCCUCCUUCCCUGACCAGCGAAUACCAGGGCUCCAAACCCAAUGGGACCAUGCGGGGCUUUGAAAUAAACAGUGGUCUCACGGUCUGUGAGCAUCUGAGAAUAAUCCCUCGGGUCACCAGGCACUUACUCUCUAAUCCGGUGUUCAGCUGCAUCACACUGGCAGCGUGCAUGGAGAUUGCUGUUGUUGCCGGCUUUGCUGCCUUCCUUGGCAAAUACCUGGAGCAGCAGUUCAACCUUACCACCUCCUCAGCCAAUCAGCUGCUAGGUAUGACGGCCAUACCGUGUGCCUGUCUGGGUAUCUUCCUCGGGGGGCUGCUGGUGAAGAAGCUGAACCUGUCUGCACUGGGCGCCGUCCGAAUGGCCAUGAUGGUCAACCUGGUUUCCACUGCCUGCUACGUCUCCUUUCUCUUCCUGGGGUGUGACACCGGACCAGUCGCAGGGGUCACUGUGGCCUAUGGCAACGAGACGCUGCGAUCCUGGCAGCGACCUGAGUCGCCGUGCAUCAAUAACUGUAACUGCUACACAGCGUCUGUGAGUCCUGUCUGUGGUUCCAAUGGAAUCACCUACCUCUCAGCCUGCUUCGCUGGCUGCACCAAACCAAACCUGACCAGCUGCGCGUGUAUAUCCAGCAAGGAGGAGGAGGCCGUGGCGCUGCCGGGGAAGUGUCCCAGUCCAGGCUGUCAGCAGGCCUUCCUCACCUUCCUGUGUGUUAUCUGUGUGUGCAGCAUGAUCGGAGCUAUGGCUCAGACACCCUCUGUCAUCAUCCUUAUCAGAACUGUAAGUCCAGAGCUGAAGUCUUAUGCCCUUGGGGUUUUGUUCCUGCUGCUGAGACUUAUAGGCUUCAUUCCUCCCCCUCUGAUCUUCGGCAUGGGCAUCGACUCCACCUGUCUGUUCUGGAGCUCAGUGUGCGGUGAGAAGGGAGCGUGCAUGCUGUACGACAACGUGGCCUACAGGCACCUCUAUGUCAGCAUCGCCAUCUUCCUCAAGUCCUCUGCCUUCAUCCUGUACGCCACCACAUGGCAGUGUUUAAGGAAGAACUACAGGAAGUACAUCAAGAACAGCGAGGGGUACCUCACCCCCACCGAACUCUUUGCUUCCAACGUGACUCUGGACAAUUUGGGCAAGGAGAUAACGCAGAACCCGGCCAACAGGACAAAGUUCAUAUACAACCUGGAGGACCCUGAGACAUGCAACAACAUGGAGUCAGUUUUAUAG